AUGCUAGCCAAUUUAUGUAUUCCUUGCGAUGCUGAUGAAUCUGACUUCCAAAAGCGUUACAAAACAAUGAGUAAUAAUCCAGAACUAAAUCAGAAUUUGAUCGAUCAAAACACAGGUAAUAAAAUGAAUCCUGAAACACCUAAUAUUCAUGCUGACAUUACUGGUCAGACACAACCUACAAAUCAGAUUAAUUAUAUCGAUAAUCAAAAUUAUAUUUACCAACCACCACCUCAAAUGCCAAUUAACCAAGAACAAAGAUUCAUUUACCAGCCUCCUCCUCCAAUUGCUCCUUAUGCUCCCCCACCGGAACAGCAACAAGACCAGAGACAACAAGAACAACAACAAAAAGACAACGAGGUUUCACCUGAUCGCCUAGAAAAUCCUUAUGUAUAA